GGAUGUACCCUAUGACCCCAUUAAUGAGACUAUCUUUGGGUACUCCGAGCAACGCCCGCCUCUCGUGCUCGAGGUCAUCUGCAAAGGACGACGCCUCCAAGCACUCGUGGACAGCGGAGCUACUCUUCACACCGAAACCGGACGGAAGCCUGCGCAUGUGCAUCGACUACCGAGCUCUUAACAAGCAGACCAUCAAGAACAAGUAUCCGAUACCGCGAAUCGAUGACCUGCUUGACCAGCUUCGGGGAGCUACGGUAUUUUCCAAACUGGAUCUGCGGUCCGGAUACUGGCAGAUACGGAUGGCGGACAACUCUAUCCACAAAACUGCUUUCCGAACUCGGUACGGAUCGUACGAGUAUCUGGUAAUGCCGUUCGGACUCACCAACGCACCGGCAACUUUCCAAGCCGAAAUGAACCACAUUCUACGACCACUUCUGGACGAAUGCGUGGUGGUGUACCUGGAUGACAUACUCAUCUACUCGCGCGACAUGAAGCAGCACGUCGAACACCUGCGACGCGUCUUCGAAAUUCUUCGACGGGAACGAUUCUACGUCAAACUGUCCAAGAGCGAAUUCGCCCUUGAAAAGGUCCAGUUCCUAGGACACAUGGUAAGCGCUCAAGGAGUUCACGUCGACCCCAAGAAAAUCGAAGCCGUACGUACGUGGAAGACACCCGAGAACAUCCCGAACGUGACUACGUCAUUGAAGCAGACGCCAGUGAUCAGGCCGUGGGGGCAGUCUUGAUGCAAGACCAAGGGAAUGGACUGCAACCCAU